CAGCUGGCGACCGGGCGCGUUAGACGGGGCCGGGGUCCGCGGCGCGCUCUCCGCCCACAGGAGUCCAGGGCCCAGGAGGGGCUUCUGCAGGCUGGCCUUGGGGGUUGCGGGAACCUGAAGCCUCCGUUCUCAUGACCUGGAAGCCCACACGAUUUCUGCAUUCCUGGAAGGGAGUCCUGCUCACAUGCUUGCCAACCGUUGGGACCAGGACCAGAAAGAGGAAAGAGAUGAGCCGUCAGACUGCUACAGCAUUACCCACUGGCACCUCAAAGUGUCCACCAUCCCAGAGGGUACCUGCCUUGACUGGCACAACUGCAUCCAACAAUGAUUUGGCGAGUCUUUUUGAGUGUCCUGUCUGCUUUGACUAUGUGUUGCCACCUAUUCUUCAGUGUCAGAGUGGCCAUCUUGUUUGUAGCAACUGUCGCCCCAAACUUACAUGUUGUCCCACCUGCCGGGGCCCAUUGGGAUCCAUUCGCAACUUGGCUAUGGAGAAAGUGGCCAACUCAGUACUCUUCCCUUGUAAAUAUGCCUCUUCUGGAUGUGAAAUAACUCUGCCGCACACCGAAAAGGCAGAGCACGAGGAGCUCUGUGAGUUCAGGCCUUACUCCUGCCCCUGCCCUGGGGCUUCCUGUAAGUGGCAAGGCUCCUUGGACGCUGUCAUGCCCCACCUGAUGCAUCAGCACAAGUCCAUUACCACCCUGCAAGGAGAGGAUAUAGUGUUCCUUGCUACAGACAUUAACCUUCCUGGUGCUGUUGACUGGGUGAUGAUGCAGUCUUGUUUUGGCUUUCAUUUCAUGUUAGUCUUGGAGAAACAAGAAAAAUACGAUGGUCAUCAGCAGUUCUUUGCAAUUGUACAGCUGAUAGGAACACGCAAGCAAGCUGAAAAUUUUGCAUAUCGACUUGAGCUAAAUGGUCAUAGGCGGCGAUUGACUUGGGAAGCGACUCCUCGAUCUAUUCAUGAGGGAAUUGCAACAGCCAUUAUGAAUAGUGACUGCCUAGUGUUUGACACCAGCAUUGCACAGCUUUUUGCAGAAAAUGGCAAUUUAGGCAUCAAUGUAACUAUUUCCAUGUGUUGAAACGGCAAUCAAAUAUUUCUGGCCAGUGUUUAAAAUUUGCAUUUGACUUCACAGAGAAUAAGGCACCCAUCUGCUUGCCAACCUAAAACUUUCCUGGUAGGUAGAAGCUAGACAUGAAGGUAAAUAAAAAGAAAAGCUGUUAAUACAGGAAACAGUUGCAUGUAGUAACACUAAUAUAUUUAAAAAUAAUUCAACAGUAAACCACUGAAAAAAUAUAUAUACCCAAGAUGGGCAUCUUUUGUAUUAAGAAAGGAAACAUUGUAAAAUAUUUCUGAACUUUGUGUUUGUUGUAGAUUGAUUGUAUUGUUGACAAUUUUUUGGGGGUGUGUGUCUGUGCACGCAUGCGUGCACGUGUGUGGUUGGUUUUCCUUUAACUGACAAGCCAUCUGCGUGGUCACGGACCACUGCUUUCCCCUUGUAAGUCAACACAUAGUGCUGCUGUGGUUUUGUUUUGUUUUGUUUUUUUGUUUUGUUUUUGUUUUUUGGUGUGUGUGUGUAUUUGCUAAUUUUUAUUCUAGUUUUUCAUUAAAUAAAUUUGACUUUCUUUUCUGUAAUUCAGGUUUUUCUCACUUUUGUACCUUUUAAGUUAGUGUCUUUUUGAUAUUCAUAAUUGCUUAAUGUCAAAAGUUUGUGUUCAGUA